AUGUCUAGUCUUGACGAAUAUUACAUGACGGUGCUUCGUCUAGUGAAGGAAGCUGGUUCGAUCGUAAGGGAAAAGAUUAAUACACCUAAGGACACAAUGACGAAAUCCUGCGACGUCGAUCUCGUCACCGAAUGGGAUCAGAAGGUCGAGAAACUUUUAAUCGAAGGGAUAUCUUCAAAAUUCCCAGACCAUAAAUUUAUCGGCGAAGAGGGUACUUCACUUGGGAAGACAAUUGAAUUCACCGACGCGCCGACGUGGAUCAUUGAUCCGAUCGACGGAACAAUGAACUUCGUGCACGGCUUGCCCCAUACUUGUAUAUCGAUUGCACUACUUAUUAACAAGACCGCUGAGAUUGGUAUAGUUUACAAUCCGAUUUUGGAGCAACUCUUUACCGCUCGUAGAGGUCAAGGCGCGUUUCUGAAUGGAGCGCCUAUUAGCGUUUCUGAGGAGAAAGAAUUGCGUAAAGCUCUUGUAAUGAUGGAAAUGGGGACAAGCAGAGAUCCGGAGAAAGUGAAGAUCGUAUUAGAAAAUGCGAACAUCCUUACGGCACAAGUGCACGGAGUACGUUGUCUGGGAUCGGCGGCUUUAAAUAUGUGCAUGGUUGCACUCGGCGGAGCGGAUAUUUCGUUUGAAUUUGGUAUCCACGCUUGGGACAUAGCAGCUGGGGAUCUCAUCGUAAGGGAAGCUGGCGGUGUAUGCAUAGAUCCAGCAGGUGGUCCGUUCGAUGUGAUGAGCAGAAGAGUCUUGUGCGCGUCGACAAUGGAGUUGGCACAAGAGCUAGCCAAAUUGUUAGUUCAGUAUUAUCCGGGGCGUGAUUAAAUACGUCAAGAUAAGGUGGAAAAUGUAUACCUUCAAAUCGAGGCCUUGUUACAUGCACGAAUUCUGUAAAUAAGAAUCCGUACCACUCAAUUUGUAUAUCCUUUGGGUAAAAUUCCAGUUAUAAAACACAGACCACGAAAUUCUGCUUGUUUAUGAGCUCUAAGGUUGUCAGGUUUACAAAUCGAGAUACGAAUGUUUGGAAAAGUUUUAUCUAUUUAUUAAGCCAGUUACAUUACUUAUUCGAGAUAAGAUUGACAAUAUGAAGAAAGUGGAAUGAAUUAAACUAAAUGGAUUGUACAAUGAGACAAGAAUUAUAUCAAUAUACGUGUAACAUGUUUUAUUAAAGCGUAAUGAGAAUAAAAUUUAAUUGCCCGGAUA